AUGAGCUGGGAUCCAAUCAUCUUCAAUACUGGCGUGCUCAUCGCUAGCGUCUUCUUGCUGGAUUAUGGCGCUGACAAGUUCAUCGACCAUACCGUUAUUGUCGGUCGUUCCUUGGGGGUGUCGCAGACGUUGAUUGCUCUGUUGACAGCCGGCGCGGAGUAUGAAGAGCUCGCUGUUGUGGUGGCUGCUCUGUUGCAACAUCGACAACCCCUUGCGAUGGGUAACCUCUUGGGUUCGACCGUCUCCAACAUUCUUGGAGCCUUUUCGCUUGGUCUGUUGUUUGAUCGCAAUCCUAUCGGAUUCGACCGUAGCGCCAAGUUCUAUGCUGCAGUGCUCCUUGCAGUCACGACACUAUUCGUCCUACUGGCAUUCCUCAACCAGUUGACCAAACCCGUCGGUGGCCUCUUGAUCGCCCUGUUUGCCUGCUACGUGAUUUCCAUUUUCUAUGCCAUCUACCAGGGGUUUGCAGUUGCUCCAGCCCUCUCGGACAGCGACAGUGAGGCAGAUUCGCCUCCGGAUCCCGAAAUUCCAGUAACUGAAGAGACCCCGUUGAUUGGGAAUGGGAACCAGUCUGCAGAUUCCCCCGUGUUGUGUACCAGGAGCCUGUUAUACCACACCACGCAACUCCUCUAUGGCCUUCUAGCUCUAUCACUCGCUGGAUAUCUUCUCUCUCACAGUGCUGCGACUAUCACCGACUGUCUUCAUCUGUCAGGCACUGUCUUUGGCCUUACCAUCCUGUCCUUUGCCACCACUUUACCCGAAAAGUUCAUUGCGAUCCUCAGCGGUUCCCGUGGCCAUGUUAACGUUAUGGCGGCCACUGCUGCAGGAAGCAAUAUCUUUCUGUUGACCCUCUGUGCCGGCGUAGUAGCUCUUGCUGGUCAGACAUCUGAUCAGCUCGACACCUUUGUUCUGUUCGAUUUGGUGGCAGUCUGGACAUCUUCGCUGCUGUUCUGCGUCGUCGUGCUCCUCGGGUUGGGUAGGAUAGCUGGUGUGCUCCUGCUGGUUGCAUAUCUGGUGUUUCUGGGGCUUGAGUUUACUAUCUACCGAAGAUAG